AUGACAGAUGGUAGUUUACCAGCACUUUAUGCUAUUCAAUAUUCAGAAUUUGAUAUUAGGAAAGGAGCUUAUGUCUAUUAUGAAACAGCAAAAACAAAUUUUAGUGAAGAACGACAAUUUAAUUGGAUACGAAAUUUUGUCUGUCCAGAACCAAAUUUAAAAGAUAAACUUAUUGUUUUAACAAUUGACAAUCAAAAACUACUUGGAUGUCCAGUCAUUAUAUCUGAUGGAGAAAAAUAUAGAAAUAAUCGUAAUGAAUUUCGUUUCAAUGCUUGUUUCAUUGUUCCAGCACAAGCUGAUGCACUUAAAUAUGAAGUUGCUGUUAGAAAAUUAGCAACAUAUUUACGUACAUUAGAAAUUGAUUCUUGUUUUUUAACAAAUGACAAUCUUAAACAAGAAUAUUUAAAACCAGCAUUGGAUAAAAUUGUUAAACAAAUGAAUGAAAAUGGACAACAAUGUUCUGUUAAAAUGUAUUCAUCGGUUUUUGUUAAUCUUAAACUACUUGAACAACAAACUGAACCACCUGCAAUUGCAUCGUCUGAUGUACCAAUGUUUUGUAAUAAUAUUGAUUUAAGUGAUCUUGAACAAAUGGAUCAAAUGACACAACGAGUUAUUGCUAGUAUCGAUGGUUUACGACAUGUGAAUAAAAUUGCACAAGAUACAGAUACAGAACUUGCACUAGUCAAAGCAGCCAUGCAAAAUUUAGUAUAUCAUAAUGUUAUUCGACUUGUACCAAUAUUUUCUUAUAAAAAUCGUUAUAUCGUUACACCAAAAAUUCAAAAACUUUAUACAGAUGUAUCAUUACAAAAAGAACUAGUAUUUUUUGUUGUUCGAAAUGGUGCAAAAGAUUGUGCAACAUUUUAUGAAUGUUUUAGUAUGAUAUGUGCAUUUGAUCAUGGUUCACUUGUUAAAGAUGUUGUUAAUAAAAUGAAGGCAAAUAAUAUCGAUGAAAAAAAAUUAGUGCAAUAUUGCGUCCUAAAUGAUUAUUUACGUCGUGUACGUGAUUAUCGCAUAUCACUCGAUGAAUCUGUUUAUAUCAAUACAAAUAAUUUACAUUCAAAUGGCACCUCGGAUGGAAAUGACCCAUCAAAAUCGAAGAUAAAAAAAACACUUCGAGAUUUAUGUGAUGGAACUAAUGAUAGUGAUAGCCUCGCUUGUCUAGGUUAUAUUUUUAAUUCACGUUUAAUACCAACAGCACGAAAAUCUACUCAACAAUCAUUACCUCCAUUAGACUCUUAUAUAACUCUUUGGAAAUGA